UCAUAACAGAAUUGGAUCCAACACCUAGAUCAUAUCGAAAUCAUAUGGCACAUAUUGUGCCUACUCAGCCUAUUUCAUUCUUCCUAAGGAAAAUGAAUUCGUAGUAACUAUAACCACUAAACCAACAGGCAUAUUGUUCUACAUAGUCAAUACCAACAGCUAAUUCAUGACAGUAUUAGAUCCAACCGCAUCCAGCAUUAUCCUAUCGAAAUCGUAUGCCCCAUAACAUCGUGAGGUACGAAGUGCUCGAAACACCCUCAUUCAAGUGCAUCUCGUCUCAUUCACAUCGCGAGUUCCGGCGGCGCUCGCUCACUCAUUUGCAAAUUGAUUUACAUCUCCUUUUUUUUUAAUGUGGAUAUUGAUCUUUCAAUUUUUUUAUAUUUUGCCUACAGUUCCUUCAGAACUUUACUUAAAUAUCUAAGCGUAAUAGUUUACGUAUAGGUAGUUCGUCUUUCAAGUAAUAACUCUGACAUUUAACGAUAUCCAACUAAGAAACCUCACUUAAUUAAUUUGUACUAAUAGAUAUGCGUAGAUUGCGUAAAUAUCAUCUCAAAGCAAUCUAAUCAUACCACCAACACAUACCAUACGUAACCACAUAUUUAGCCUUAUGGUUGUACGAAAAUUGUUUCUUUAUGGUUUUCCGUUUGUUUCAGAAUGAGUUCCGUUCAAGAGGAUAAGCCCAGCGAAGGGCCGCCUAAAACCCACGUCCGGGACAUAAGGAACACAGAACUCGUGUCCCGCCUCCUGGCCGCCACACCGCCGUACCUCUACAGCGCUCUACCACUCCAACCCCACGCGUUCUUCUUCAGCGAAAUGCUCCGAUCAUUUGUUAACGCUCGUCACGGCUGCAGGCCGCCCCACUAUCACCGACGCUUUAAGCGCCGCACGCACAAAUACUUCGCAGAGAACGAAAACGACUGGAGACGAGAAUGGCCAAAGCCUGACGAAGAGAAAAAAGAACCUGAGCCACGACCCGAAGUACCUUUAGAGCUAACUGUGGAUAAGCAUUCGAGGGUACGUGAGCCUUCGCCGAGGCGUUUGUCGCCUAAGACCGAACAGGCGAAGUCAAGCAGCCCCGGCCCGCCCGGUAGACAGUCUUCGUUCGUUGAUGUAGGAACCGAAGAACUUCCAAAACCUUCACCGUGUGUUGGAAGAAAUCCAGAAGCCACUUCAGUACCACAAUCCAAUUUAAUACUUCCACCUCCGCCGCCGAUGUGGUAUCCGCCACUAUACAAUCCUGGUGGUUUUGGAGUAGACCCUCUGAACUUCUUCAUAGAUCUGCGCGUUUCUGGACACAUUUAUGACAGGAAGAGGGCUUUGGCUGAGGGCGUCGAGAACGCUCAAGAGACGCGAGAGGAUACAGGACUAGAAAAGAGGCUUGGCAGGGACUUUGGGCAGCGUCCUCGGCAUUUGUCAGCUUUCUCAGUUCCCGUUCGAUCAGGGAACGCGACGGAAACCGAGAAGUAUUUCGAUCACGUAGGAUCUAAGGCCGCUGGCAAAGUGAACGGUACUUCUUACAUAAUGAGGAAUCUGAAACGUGUGUACGAUGAUCUCCAUAAUCUGCAGGAUGUUAAAGAAAGCACGAAAUUAAGUAAAGGGGAAGACACUAAAACCGAAUCUUCAGAUCUUGAUGACGAUAUCGUGGAUUAGAGCCAAAUAAAUCUUUUUAUUAGCUUAAAUUAUAACCGCAUAUAUUAAUGUUAAUGCAAUUAAAGAAGUAACUAUCAAAACUAAAUGAAAGUUGAAUGUGAAAUUUAAAUAAGAUUUCAAGCAUUUCCUCGACUAUUAUCUUAAUCUCAUUUCAAGAUACCGUUUCAUUCCUACUGGCUUUUUUAUCAUAUAUCCUGCUGAAUUAC